AUGGUCGCAGGGCGGCCUGCUGGGCCCGCUGCCGUAUCGGCUGCAAAGUCCAGCAUGCGGUUGGAGGAGUCCGCGUGCCAGAGUUGCGGCGAGGGUGCUGCACAGGAACCUUGGCAAAUCAAGGCCAAAGAAUUGGAGGCGAUUGCUGCUGCACAUCGCCUCAGCCGUGUGAAGCGCAAGGAUGAGGUUGAAAUGUCGGAACCCCAACAUGGCGGCUAUCCACCUACAGAAGCUGAGGCCAACCCGUCGUGGGAUCAUUUCCGUGAGCUUCAUCGUCGAGAGGAGCAGCGUUUUGAGGAGAUGAAGCAACAAGAGCUUCGGAAGUUGGAGCAGGAACGCGAAGAAAUCAGAAAACGCAGACAGGAGCAAGCAGAAUGGGAGCAAGCAAUGCGCCAGAAGAUAGCAGAAGAGGCGGAGCAGCUAGACGCAGCUCGCAAAGCGCAGAUCGAAGCAGAGGAGCAGCAGGAGAAACGCUGGAAAGAAGGAGUUCGAAGAUGCAAGGAAAUAAAGCAACAGGAGCUGCGAAGGCUGCAGCAUGAGCACGAAGAAGCCAGGAAAAGGAAACAGGAACAAGAAGACUGGGAGCAAGCCAUGCGUCGCAAGUUUGCUGAGGAGGCGGAGUUCUUGAGCGCCGCUCGAAAAGCGGCGCAAGAUGGGAAGGAGCCACACCGGGAGCAAGGAGAUAGCGGACUUCCCAAUCGUCAGGCAUCGCAGCGCGCACGCUGUGAGCCUGAAGCGAAGGCCAGGAUCAGCACGCCACCAGUUGCUCGCAGUGGAGGAGUACAGCGCGGCCACCAUGAGGGUUCCAGCUGGCAUCACCAUCAGGAGGAGCCAUCGCCUCCGCGGUACUCCCGCCCGUCUGCGCCAUCGGCGCCAUCGCCUCCAGGUCGCCAUCGCGCCGGCAAAUCUAGAGCAAGCGCGGGCUCCAGGAAUGGACAGGUUGAUAUGCGAUCUUCUGGUAGCGCUGAAAUGCAAGCUGCAAAGGCUGCUGCUAUGCGGCAACUGAUCAUGCUGAAGCAGAACCCUUCCAAAGAAGCUCGGCACAAAGGCUUCAAGGACCUUCUGCGCAUGUGGCACCCCGACAAAAAUCCAGGAAGUCCAGAAGUUGCCACCACGGUCUUUCAGAUGAUCCAGUCGGAAAGAGGCGCAACAGAUUCCCAAAAGCGAUCAUCCCGCACUGUUAUGCUCGUGGCCGAGGUGCUGACAUUUUUGCACUUCUUGCGCUUUGCUCUUGCUGGUCUGCAGCCGCUACACGGUGGUCAGAAUAGAGCCUGCCGCGGCAUUUCUCACAGUGGAGCUUGGGAGGUGGGCCCUGACAAGGCGGUAGAAGGUUGGUCCGCUGACAAUCUAGAUCAAUGCAAAGAGAUUUGCACAGGGCCAUGCCAGGCUAUACAGUAUGUGGCUGCUCGAAAAAUAUGCCGGCUAUGGAAUGUCCCAGUCCUACAUUCCGUGAGCAUGCCUGGUUCAGAGUGCUACGUGAAAUCGCCGGCUGUCGGGGGUGGUUCUGGAUUGAAGUCCUUGAAGCCAAAGUUAGCACACUGUCUCAGCUUCGCAAAGGAUGGCUGUGCAGCACUUCUGCACAGAGUGGACUGCUUGAGCAGCAAGGAUGCUAGUCUCCGGGAUGGGGAGGCAGACCCGUGUGUCUGGUGUGGAGGAAACGACUGCCAUGGUGAUUCACAUUCUGGUUGCACGUCUUUCUCCAUGCUCGGGAGCACAACGGCAAACACUGUGAGUGCAAAUGCCUUCGAGAGCAUUGGAGCACUUGAGGAUGGGCGGGCUGGCUUAACGGAGAAGGGCUUGCGCAUUGGUGGAGAGGCUUGCGUUUGGUGUGGUGGGAAGCCAUGUACAAGUGACAACGACAAUCUCUGCGAGCCAUCUGACUGGCUUCAACGUGGCGAAGGUGUAGUUUUCAAAAAAGCUUCAUCGACGGAAUAUCGCAAGACUGCGCAGUGCUUCCACCAUGGCACGCCGUUUGAGGUGGACGAUGUGCAAUGUCUGUCACUAAAGCUCGAGGGAUGCAACAACAUCCGGGACAAGCAGGAAUGCUUAAGAAGCAAAGACGGCCGGCCUUUCAUCAGAGUCGCAGGCUUCAAAGUUCAAAGCCAGCCUUGUGUUUGGUGUGGUGGGAAGCCCUGCCAUUCAAACAACGAUAACCUGUGUGAGCCGUACGACUUCAUUAAGCACGGUGCUGGCCAGGCGUUCAGAGACCUUCCCGGACCCCGACUGGUUGCAGGUUGCGAGUCGGGACAACCUUCCUGGCAUCCGAUGGGGUCCGAUGAUGCACACUUGCAACAGGCGGCAAAAUCACCAGGAGGCACCCAACAUGCCAAAGCAGCACAGCAAGCUGCUGCAACUGCCAUUGGCGAGCCAUCAUUGCAAAACAUUGGCCAGGACUGCUGGUACGAGUGCAAGCAGAGCUCCGGAUUUUGCGACUUCUGUGGACGUGGAAAUGCUUGCUGUCGGAAGGGCUAUGAUGCAGACUCGCCGAAGGAAUGCCGGGGCAACUUGAGCUUCAAGACUUGGCAUCACGAAUGCGUUGUGCCAGCAGCGAAGGAAGAAGCAGACUCAGCAGCAAUUUCACCUGCAGGAAAUCCAGCAACACCAAGUGCAACACACAUGCACCAGACAGGAGUGGCUGCUGGACAAAGCCCACAGCAAGUGGCUCUGGAAAGUCCCGUGGCUGCCCCAUUCUUGCAAAACAUUGGCCAGGACUGCUGGUACGAGUGCAAGCAGACCUCCGGAUUUUGCGACUUCUGUGGGCGUGGAAAUGCUUGCUGUCGGAAGAGCUAUGGUGCAGACUCGCCAAAGGAAUGCCGGGGCAACUUGAGCUUCACGACAUGGCACCAUGAAUGUGUAGUACCGGAUCAUUCGCAGAGUGGCAUGGCCUACCAACAGGUUGCUCACGCAGCGGAGGCUGCAGCCGUGUCAGCCGCGGCAGCAGGCGCUGCAGCAGGAGCACAAGCGCAUCAAGCGGCUGUUGCAGCGGAGCAGCUGGCCACGCAAAACGGAAUUCCCCCCGAGGUGGCAGCCCAGGUGGCCGCCGCAGGCGUUGAACAGGGUGCUGACGAAAUUAAAGCCGGCACGAAGCAGGAACAAGUGGCAGAGGUGGCCCAAACAGCUGCAGAAGUGGCGGCACAAGCAGGACUGGGAUUCGAGCAGCAAGCAAAAGCUGCGGCGAUUGCCGCCGGCAGCGCGGCGGCAAAGGUUGGAUUACCGGCAGCAGAUGCCGCAAGCAUAGCUGCAGCCGGCGCUGCCAGCGCUUCAAAUGCAGCCGGCGAUGGCCAAGAUUCGGCGUUGGCAGCUGCGGCAGCAGCAGCUCACACCGCAGCUGCAGCAGCUGGUGAGUCUGGUGAAGCGCUGAUUGGAACCAUCACCACAUCUGUUGCGAAAGCUGCAGCCUCUGCAGGCAUGGAUACGAACGCCCAGUUGCACGAAGCAGUCAAGUCAGCUCGGACUUACGCAGCGGCUGCAAGUCUCUCAGUUGCAGAUGCGGAGAAAUCGGCGCUUCAAACAAUGCAUGCGCUGCACCAGACGCAGCCCGGCGCCAAUCAAGUCCAGAGCCCGUCUUCAGCAACUCUAACAAUCAUGCCAGGAAUUCCACCUGCAGCAAUGGCAACACCAACGGUCCUGCCCGCAAGUAUGCCUGCGGUGCCAACGGUGGCCCCGCUGGAAGUAAAAACCGCAGCAGUGCCAGCAGCGGAGAAGACAACACCUAAGCCGACGCCAGAGCAGCUUGCAUUCCAAGCAGCCUCGAAGGCUGCAGCCACCUCACCCGAAGCUACCUUGCAGGCGGCCAAAGAGGCAGCCAUACAUGCCGGCAGCUCCACUGAGCAAGCUGCAGAGAUUGCCCGGGCCGCUACCUUCGCUGUUGAAGGUGGCUCUGCAAGCGGGCCUGCAGGUGCAGCCAUCGCACCCUUGGCAGAGGGCACCAAGCAAGCCAAGGCUGAAGAGCACACUUUUCCCAAGAGCCCCGCCGAAGUGGACGCUGCGGAAGCUGGUGCAGAAGCUGCUCGAGGUGCAGCAGCUGAAGGCAAAAGACCUGCGGAGCAAGCGGAGGCAGCCGCCGUAGCAGCAGGGAAGACCGCCUUGAAUGGAGGCAUGACAAUGGUCGGAGCAGAGGAAGCAGCAAGGAGUGCAGCUGUGCGAGCCGCCACAAAUGCAGGCCUGGAUGCUGAGGAGGCAGGCCUUGUCGGCACAUCAGCCGCCGAGGAAGCCGCUGCUUCCGGCGCGUUUACUGCGCAUGACAUCGUUGUCAGCUCAGCGCCAAAGCCAAAAAAAGCUGAAUCACAAGCUGCCGAACCGGAAAAGCCUGGAGCUGUGGCAGGGAUCAAGGCUAAGGAGGCCAGCGACGCCGCAGAGAUCAUGGCAGAUGUGACGGCGGACGAUAGCUGUUCGGGAGAAUGCGGCAAAGGGCCCUGGCAUCAUGGCACCGUGUGGGCUUUGGUGGCUGCAGCUUUGCUCGUGAUGUUGGCUUGCUGUGCCAGCACUUUCCUCCUGACGGGGCGCCGUCGCAAGGGUGAGCGAAGUGUGGCAAUCGAGAGCCCCGCACCUGCUGACGUAGAGAAACCAGAAGAAGCGCCUUUGAUUUCAGAGAGGCAUUCCCAACAGGGACCUGCCAGCCCUCUUGCAAAUCAAGCGCUUCUUCAACCGCCGCAGGCAAAUGCUGCAGUGGCACCUGCAAGUGUUGUGCGGAUCUCUGCUCCACAAACUCUGCCCACGUCCUUACCACCAGGAACCCCAUAUAUGCAUCCAAGCGCGGCUAUCACACCUCUGGCCUACACGCCUAGCGCGCAGAUAAGCCCGUUGUCUGCCCCCUAUGUCUCAUAUGCCCUGCCAAGUGCAGCGCCAGUGGCUACCACAGGCCUGGCUGCAGCACCAGCGAUGCACAUCGCCCCAGCAAGGUACGUGUCCUAUGGUGAGAGGCCGGCACCCAAUGGAGCAGUGCCGGCCGCUACAGCUGCGACAGCUUCAGCAGCUGGCGCUGCCCCUGCUGCCACAGCAUCGGCCAUGGCUCUCUUUGAUGCUUUAGAUGCAAAUGGAGAUGGUGUUCUGGAUGCUGCAGAGCUUGCACAGCUACAGGGCCAGGGCCGGGAUGUAGGCCAUAUGCCCUCUCAACCCAGUCCUGCCCCACGCCCCUUGCUGAGCGAGCCAGUUGCAUCCCACUCAGCUUUUCGCGCAUAUUGA